UCAUUAUCGACUGGAAAUAGUUCUAAUCAAAGUAAUAAUAAUAAUAAUCUUUUGACAAUGGUACCAUCGCAACAACAACAACAACAACCAUCAUCGCAGCCACCUACAAUACCAACUGCGGUACCGCAAUAUAAAUGGAUGCAAGUUAAACGUAAUAUACCUAAACCAGCACAAAAACCAAAUAUAGUAGAUCAAUAUUCAUAUGGUAAUCUAUCACCAAAUUCAUCAUUAGGACCAUUAGGCAAUAAUAAUAAUAAUGGUAUUGGUGGAUUAACAAAUAAUGGUGGAUCAUCAUCAACGUUAGGUUCAUCAAUGCAUUCACAAAAUUCACCCGGUUCAAAUUCAUCAAAUGGUGGUAAUAGUAAUGGUGGUGGUGGUAAUGGUGGUCAAGGUGCAAAUAAUACAGGACGUACAAAUUUCACAACAAAACAACUGACCGAAUUGGAAAAAGAAUUUCAUUUUAAUAAAUAUUUAACACGUGCAAGACGUAUUGAAAUUGCAACUGCAUUACAAUUGAAUGAAACACAAGUUAAAAUUUGGUUCCAAAAUCGUCGUAUGAAACAGAAAAAAAGACAAAAAGAAGGUCUAGUACCUAUGGAUAAUCAUUCAACAACAACAACAACAACAUCAAUAUCACCACCACCAUCAUUACCAAUAUCAAAUUCUCUACAUUCUGAUUCAUCAAAUCCAGCAUCAUCAAUAUCACCAAAAUUAAGUGAUGGUAGUGGAUCAUCUAUUGGUCAGAUGUAAUAUCCUUGCCUGCUGCAAAUAAAUAUCUUUUGGUGCAAAACAAAACAAAAAACUUGUAAAAUAAACACAACAAAAACUGAAGAAAAUAUUAUCUCAUGUCCACACAUUCCAAAAAGCAAAAG